CUUUGUGAGUCAACCCGAUGAAUAUGAACAUGAUGAAUCUAGUAAACCGAACAAACUUGAUGGAUCUGAUGAAUCCGACGAAAAACUACAAAUAAUCAGUGAGUUUAUGGAUGCUGAUGCAAGAAUUCCAGAGCUUUCAAUAACUUUACAAGAGCAUCCUGAUAUCGUCUACUUGAGUAAAUAUAUCAAUACACAUAAUAUUACUCAACGUUAUAAAGACCAACUUAGCAUAUAUG